UUGGUGAAAUUAAUGAAAGAUGCCUCCUGCCUUUGUUCGGAUAUCUUUUUAAAUAUUUACAAGUUGUCAUGUCAUCUCUGACUGGAAGAGGAGAGAGAUUUGCUGCCUCCUCGCUCUGGAGCUCAGAAGUGCAGCAUCGCUGUGAGAAAGUCAGUUUUUCUGCAAAAGAGAAGGAGCGUCCCAGUCCGGAGGGCUCCAGGAGCGACCCGAGGAUGUGCCAAAGAGCGCACGACGUCCCGUCCUACAAGUCGCUGCCCGGAGCCGUGGGGGACCGCAUCAGGACGUCGUUCGGCGGCGGGACUUUGUGCAGGAGCUCCCUGUCGGUGAAUCCGGGCUUCGGGAGGUCUGAACGGAAAGCUGCGUGCUGUGAGAAGUGCUCUGCCACCCUGGUUGGUCUGAAGAAACAGGCGCUGAGUCUGGCUGUUCACCAUCACUUCUCCUGCAAGGACUCCAGUGAUCUGUCAGCUUUUCUUCAUGACAACCUUCGUGUCCACAGUCGGUCCAUUGCAGAGUCCAGGGAAAGAGACCGUGAGCAGGGCGAGUGUGGAUCCUGCGGUACGAACCUGAACCAGCUCAAACAGGAAGCCGUCCAUCUGGCUCUGAACAGGGGUCAGUCUUUAGCUAAGCCUCCUUUUGAAGCUGCUGCCUCGCUGUGGGGACAAACUGAGACAAACUAUGGAGACAGGGCUUCCAGGGAGGCUCUGCACCAACCGCACAGUCAAACCUGUAGUCCUCACAAUCCCGGAAGCCCCAGGACGCCUCAGAGGACCCCCCAGACCCUCAGACGGAGGGGUCCCAAGCCCCUAAACCCCAACAUGGAUCGAUGGGUGGAGGAGCAACAGCAGCUGGUGUCCAGAGCUGAUGGUGUCACCACAUACCAUCAGGCUGCAGAUGAUGCCGCUCUGAGCCGUGGUGAUGCCGGGACUGUACAGACCAACUCAAAGAUCCCUCACAUCUCCAGAGUGGUCAACAUUGCCAACACUGCUGCCAUGUCCUUUCUGGCCAGGGCGGCCGAGAAGCUCAACCUGACACUGAGGAAGAAGGGCCAGGCGUCUGAUCCAGCUCCCUCUCACUUCUCCACCUGCUUCAGGGAGAUCAUCCAGAAAAACCCACCACCCGUCCCCCCCUGCCUGCUUCAAGCUGCCACCAGAACCAAAGACUCACCCAACGUUGGCAAGGUCAAAGUCGUGCUGAGGGUGAACCCAAUGCUGUCGCAGGGCCAAGGCCAACCACCUGUUCUCUGGAUCGACCCGUCCAAGAAGAGAGUCACCAUCAUGGAACCAGUCACCAGAAGCCAGCCGUUCACUACCAUGACGCUAGGCAGGGACAGCAAGAGUCUCCUGAAGACCUUCAGCUUUGACGCUGCCUAUCCCCAAGAGUCAAGCCAGGCCGAGGUGGGUGCAGGCGUCCUGGCUGACGUCAUCCGCUGUGUGCUCAGCGGCAGCGAUGGAUGCGUCCUGGCUUUGGGAUGUGCUGAUGUGGGCUCCUGGUCCAGCAUGGUGGGCAGCAGUGAGAACAUCCAGAAGCUCGGGCUGAUUCCUUGUGCCAUCUCCUGGCUGUACAGCGGCAUCGAGCGGCGCCGGGAGAAGACCUGGACCGACCUGACGGUGUCGGUGUCGGCCGUAGAGCUGUGCUGUGGGGAGGAGGACACGCUGAGGGACCUGCUGGGGGAGGUCGUCCCAUCAUCAGGCGGCAUCCAGGACAGCCCAAAGGCUCGGAUUAGACUCCAGGAGGACCCGGUCCACGGGAUGCAGCUACGGAACCACAACCGAGUGAAGGCCCCGACGGCUGAGCGGGCGGCUUCCCUCCUGGAUGCCGCCAUCACAGCCCGUCGACACAACGAUUUUGUCACCUACCUGUCCCACAGCUCCAUAAUGUUCUUCACUCUCCACGUCCAGCCUCCUCGGACAGAAAGCAGCACCAUCGGGAAAGGUUCACGUGGCUGCACUAAGUUGACCAUGAUCGAUGUGUGCAGUGGAAUGAGGGGCAUCAACAAAAACAAACCUCCUCAUGCUGACCUGGGCCCGAUAGUCGUGUCUCUACUGAGUGGACAUAAAACCGCCUCCAGCAAGGCCGGUAAGCUGGCGAUGCUCCUCAGAGAGUCCUUGGGUCAUGCUAGCUGCCACACCGCUGUGAUCGCUCAGGUCACUGAUUCACUGGUAAACCUUCAGGAGACCUUCUCCACCAUCCAGCUGGCUUCUCGCAUUCGCAGGACACAGAAGAGGACAAAGCAGUCCACGUCAUGCUCUCCAUACGGGAGGAGUUUGACCAAAGAAAAGAAAGGCCUUCCGUCUUUCUCCCUGCGGGCUUUCCACUCCACCGAUGAGGUUGAUGUCGACAUGCGUCCUUUCCGUCUGCGUGGGGAACUGGACGAACGCUCCAGCAGCGACCAGUCCUGUGACACAGUUAUCCAAAUAGACUGCGAUGGCUUGGUUAACUCUAAAGUAGCCCCCAGGCAGGUGCAGCCCGAGUUCGUGCCCAUCAUACCUUCACUGCAUCCUAACAAGGCCGACUUGGACGACCCGGAGUUCACCGCUCUGCUCCAGGAGCUGCUGAGAAUUCCUCAGCUGCAGGCAGAAAAGAAGACGGAGGAAACAGUUCAAGGGCACGUUGAAGCUCUGAAAGCAGAGAGGAAGCAGCCAGAGAGGGACUGUCUGAAAUGUGACACAUUUGCUGAACUUCAGGAGCGUUUGGGUUGCAUUGAUGGAAGCGAGGUCAUGGAUGUACUCAAGUCUUCCUCUAAAAACGCUUCUCUUAAUAACACUCCAACCAAAUCCCAGCCCCAGAAAGACUCAGGGAAACAGGCUGAAGCAUCAGAAGCUCCACAGACGUCGUUGAAUCAGGGCUUAGGUUGCAGCCAGACCUCUGCAGGAGAAAAGCAAACAGAUGGUGCUUUCCCUGGAGACACUUUCCAGAGAGAGGACUCAGGCCUGUACGACUGUGAGGAGUGUGGUGCGACCAGCUCCAGCGAGGAACUGCUCAAUCAAACGCUCAGCCGUAACAUGACCUGUCGUACUGAACCUCCUAAAACUGGAGCUCCUAAACCAGGUGGUGAGCUCUCCUCCAAGGGCUUUAAUGCAGAUGAGCAGUGUAGUCAGCCUUCAGGAAAACAAGAAAGUCCUGAAGCUGCUGAUUGGUUCAAACCGGACAAAAGGGCCUCACCAGUUGGAAAGAGCACCCCCAUAUCUCCAUCCUCGUCUUGCUCGGCUUCAAACACUUUGGCUAAAAGUGUCGUACUUGGAGAUGUGCUGCAUAACCGCCCCAAAGAGGACAUUAAGGAAAUGAAAGCCACGAUUACAGUGACUGUUCAGCAGCCGCUGGACCUAAAGGGUCAAGAUGAACUGGUCUUCUCUAUGGUGGAGGAGGUGACCAUUAGUGGAGCGUACGACAGAGGGAGGACAGGUGGAAACAUUAUCUGUAUCAGGGAUGCUGCUCAGUCUCAGGCAAACACUGAAGGCUCUGCCGGUUCUCAACCAAUCAGGAUAAUCAGCAACAUCAGUGAAGAAUCUGCUACAGGUUCCUCUAAUGCAACCAAAACCUCAGGAAUUCAGCCUGAAGCCACAAAGGCUAGCAACGAAAAGCCCCAACAUCAGUACAGGAGAGAGAAAGGGUUCCUGCCUUCAUUUAUAAACCACAUGUUGAUCGACACGGAUGUGGGCUGUGAUUUAGACGGUGCCAAAGAAAAAGAAAGUCGUCACCAAACUGAGCCCAAACGAUAUGAUGUCAAAUGUCCAGAACGUAGGAAUGUUCUAGAGAAUAAGAACGGGAACAACACUUGUUACUCUUCUAGCCGUCAGAUCUCUUACAACCCGACUGUCCUGGAAGAUCCGGGUUUCUGCGCCAAACCAGCAGAAAGCAAAAUGUUUGAAAAGCAACAUGCAGACAAGCGUCACCUUAGAGACGGAGAGCAUGUUUGUUCCACUCAGAGGGUCUCGGAGGGGGGAGAAGUCGUUAGCAGAGAUGUUGGGAAUCCUCCCAGGAGAGCUGGCGUCUCACCUGGUUGCCAUGAAACCGCCCUGGCUUCCUCUAAAACAGGCAGUUUACCUCGAGGCUGGAACAAUACCAGCCGCCUGGACGGCCACCUCGGCUGUCACGUGGCAGACCCGAGGGGGGUGACAUCAUCCAGUCCUUGUAGCCCCGGGGUAACUCUGGAGAGGAGGCAGGCCAGACAGCACUCACCUGCAAACCACAGCCUCCACAUGUCCUCUCCUCGGAAACAUGGAGCAGAGUAUAGACAGGAAUCUAGUGGUGCUCUCAGAAAGGGUGGUGGGUCUCUGUAUGAGAUGUCAAGUCCAAAAAUGAAACACAAGAACAUAAGCGGCAAUGAAGAGAGCGGCAGGCUUUUCAGCGCCAAACUGGAGCAGCUGGUUAGUCGGACUAAUUCGCUGGGGAGAACCCCGAGGGACUUUCCAACUCUGCAGAGAGGCGGCAGCAACACUUCCAUGAGCUCUAAGGGGAGCUCCAAGGGAAGCGUGGAGGCUGGGGCCUGUAGGUCAGGCCAUAAAGGAAAUAAUGAGCGGGAUUGUACCUUUCCUAGAGCCAGCAGGAGCCCCAGAAAGAACCCCCGUUCAGACCAGAGUCACCACUUCUUCCCUUCUGAGAACCAUGCGGCUCAUUCCGGUCGUCAUUCCAAGCUCUCUGCUGUCGGGAAGCUAAAAAUGGCCGGCCCCAAAGUUCGUCGUCUGUCCGCCCCCAGCAUCAAGAACCUCAGCAUCUCCCACAAGAACCUGCAGCACUCCAUCAACCGCAGCGCCAGCCUCUCCCCAGACAGCAAGUCGGUUAGCUUUGAGCGGACGUCCUCGUUUUUCUCCUCCUCCCCUCCCAGAUCUCAUCACUCCAUCAGCCGGACUCCGAGUCAGAGCUCCACGUGUUCGUCUACUAAAUCUGCCAUCCAGGGGUUCGUCAACGGUCGGAUCUCUGACCUCCUUAAAGACAAACCCUCCAGUCCGACAGCAGCAGGACCGGACCAAACGACGGCGCUGCCCUCCCCGUACAGCCAGGUGACGGCGCCCCGCAUGCCGGACCACAUGAGCGGACACGCCAGCGACACGACCAGCGUGCUGAGCGGAGACCUGCCGCCGGCCAUGGGGAAGACGUCGCUGUACUUCUCCAACAGGAACAGCCUGGUGAGCAGCGGCUACGACAGCAUGGUGAGGGACAGCGAGGCCACAGGAAGCAGCGCCUCCACCAGAGACUCGGUCAGCGACAGGAGCGGCUCCAUGCUCAGCGUGGCUCGCAGCAGCAGGUCAUCCCGCAGACGAGGAAACACGGGUACUCACCAGCGCCGUCUUUCCCAUGAUGCCCCUCCGACCCUGAAGCGCUCCACCAGCGGCCUGAGGUCCCGCUGGAUGGACCGAGGAAUCCCAGAAGCCUACGAGAUCAAAGUCUAUGAGAUCGACAACGUGCAGAGGAUGCAGAACAGAGCAGGUGCUGGCCAACAGGGGCCGGCGUGCUUCAGUGCCAGGCUGAAGUUUCUGGAACAUCGUCAGCAGAGGAUCUCAGAGGUUCGGUCCAAAUAUUCCAGCCUGAGGACGGAGCUGGAGGAGGCCAAAGUCAACCUCAUGCUGCAGCCCGACAAGUGGAACCGAGAGUUCGACCUGUGGCAGACCUUCGAGGUGGAUUCUCUGGAGCACCUGGAGGCCCUUGAGGUGGUGACGUCUGGACUGGAGAGCCGACUGAACGUCUGCAAGGCCAACGUCAUGAUGGUCACCUGCUUCGACGCCACGGCCAGGAGACGGCAGAAGAAGAGACGACGCAAAACGCCGGAGCAGAGAGCCCUGAAGAUGAAAAACACGCAGAGUUAAUGUGUGUUUUAAGACUCGUAUGUUUUAUUGUGUGCACUGAUCAGCCACGACGUGGAAACCACUGAGAAUGACGUCAGCGUUCUGGUGAAUCUGGGGUCGAUUGUAAUGUUUUCUCAGUGAAUCGAUUAGCUGUUUGGUCGAUAAGAUGUCGGAAAAUUGUGAUAAAUGUCCAUCGGUGUUUCCCAAAGGUCAAAAUGGAAACCUCACAUGUCUUGUUGCAGUUUAUAGUCAUGAAGAAUAGCAAAGAAGGGAAAGAAACCAAAAAAUAUUCAAAUCCAUGGAGCUGGAAUUGGAAGAUUUAGACCAAUCAAUGACAUAGUUGGCGAUUAAACUAAUAACUGAACAGAAUUGCUGUUGUGUCCUUGGACAUCCUCUCAUGGCAACAACCUCCUCCUCCAGGAAAAAAACGUCCCAAAAAACUGCAAAAAAACUGCUCAAGAACGACUCGAGGAACACGACCAAGAGCUCAAAGCGCUGACUGUCUGUUGGAACAUACAGGGAGUAGUCUGAUCCACUGACAAAACCAAGUCCAUCAGAGCUGUGGGUCCUACACAAUAAUACAGUCAUGGAAACAAUGAUCAGACCACCUUUGAUUUAUUCACUUUCUGUUCAUUUUAAUGCCUGGUACCACUAAAGGUCCAUUUGUUUGGAUAAAUAUAAUAACAACAGAAAUAUCUCCUAAGAAUUUCAUUUCAGAGCUGAUAUCAGACAUUUUAAUGGUUUUCUUGAUAAGAACCAGAAUCCCUGCAGUUCUUCCAUCAGUAGCUAUGGCAUUGUUCUGCCAGAAACAGCUUUUAGGAUUCCAUGUUUUCUUUUCUGUUUUAGUCCCAUGAUCCACACAGGAGUUAGUACUGAUCCAGAACCAUUGUUUCUGAUGUCUCUUCAUGCUCUCCACCAGCCUCUCAUUGUUCUGCUGUCAGUUUGUGUUCGCCAUCAAACAGAAACUGAAGAAAACCAGGGUGGUCUGAUAGUUUUCCAUGACUGUAUGUAGCUGGUUUUAAUACUGUGGCUGAUCUGUGUCCAUCACUGACUUUUUUAGGAUGAGAAAUAAAAACUGUGUCUGUAUUUUAAACACUUUAUGUUCGAUGUGCCGCACCGUCUCCCAUCCCUUUAAAUGAUCCAGAACACUGCAGUCUGGUACAGAAACAUCGUUCUGAGUGACUCUUUUCUGGUGAACUGCACUGCAUACAUUUCUCCUUGAAGUAAGCAGAAAGCAGCUGGUUUAUGCUCCUACAGCUCUCAGUGAAGCAGCUAAUGCUAGCAGAAGCAGGACUGUAAGCUUCCUGUUAAACAACCUGCUGUAAACCAUAAACAUCAUCAUUUACUGUGAACUGAUGAACCUACAGACUGCCAGUUCUUCCUCCGUACACAAACACUGGAUGUGCAGUUUCACUCCAGCAGAUGUUUCCAAACAUCUGUGCAGGGCUACAACAUGAAGCACUUUUGUAAAUGUGUGAAUAAUUCUGUGUCUGUUUAUUUAUGGGGAAACUUGAUGCAUUCAUGUCCAUCACUCAGACUUCACACACCUAAAAGCAACUAAAGCAGACAAUGUGCUUUUUUUGUUUUAGAAUUAGGACACAGGUCACUACAAAUGUUUACCUUCUAGUGUGACAUUUCUGUCUUUUUGGUUGCUCAUAUUUUCAUAUUUCUGUCUGCUAACAUCCUGCACUUUGUGGUUUGUUUGUAGUGAAGCUUCUUAGACUGAUGGAGUCGUCUCUAACAGGAGGUUCCACCGUUACAAGUUAUUUUCCUGCCACCUCUGAUGCCACGUUGUAAAUAGAUUCUGGUGCUGAAACAAUAACAGUUGUGUAUCUGAAACGUUGACUGUAACAGAGAAACUGCUGAGCUGACCUGAAGGACGCCGUUUGGUGGAGAAGCAGGAUUGUGAAUCUGUUCUUUCUCCUCAGAGGAUCAAUAAACUGACUGUUAAAACACAUUAGUGCAGAAUAAAAAAUGUUGAUGCCA